AGUUAGCAAAGGUGCUCUCUAGAUAUCCCUGUUCGCUGGCUGCCUGGAGGUUCCUGACGCUUGAGACAGAAAACACACCCACCAGCUUACCGCUCUUCGAAGGAGGACUCGUUGAAAUUAAUUGAUGGGAAAAGAAUACAGGAGCCUUGCUUGCACACAGCGAGGGUAGUAGGUUACUACAGCACUACGCUGAGAGAGAGGCUGAGUAUGAAUUCAACUGCAAUCCUUUUUUUAUUGCAAUUGUAACAUCUGACUUUAUAGACCACAUACGGUAGGCUACACUCCAGAAUGAGGAUGAACCUGGGAAGAGUAGUUGUGCUUGCUGGUUUAAGUGGGAUCGUGAGUUUCAGCUUACUGGUUUCUGCAAUUGCGACCGACCACUGGUACAUCCUGGAAGUGAACGACCCGAACAGCACUGUAGACCCUGGCGAGCUGAAUUCUCACUCCGGACUGUGGAGGACUUGCGAAGGUAAUGCGUGUUAUCCUCUUGUGUACCCCUUCUCCACAGACACCUCCAAGCAGCCAGAACCUGUGAGACGAUUAAUCAACAUGUUCAAAGCCGUUGUGAUCCUGCUGCCGCUCAGCUUGGUGCUGCUGGUGUUCGGUGGGAUCUGUGGGCUCGUCAGCUCCCUGUCUAAGAGCAUCACCCUGCUUGUCCUCACCGGCUCCUACUUCCUCCUCUGCAGCCUCCUUACGCUCUCUGGGGUCAGCGUCUACAUAAUUUACUCCAAGCUGGCGUUUGAGAUCAUCGUGCAGGAGUAUGGCGUACAGCGGUUCGCCCACGUGCACAUCGCGUUCGGCUUGUCAAUGGCAAUGGCCUGGCUGUCCUUCACUAUGGAGAUCAUCACAGGGUCACUGCUGCUGCUGGCUGCCAAGAUCACUGGUACUCAGCAGAACGUGGAGGCUACCGCGGGGUACUCCCUCUCCAUGGAAGAAGGGCCCUGAACAUUUUAAGUGUUUCGGAAAAAAAAACUUUUUCUACACUCAUGCAGUCUAUCAAUCUGCAUUGCAGGCUUAAUAAUCUGCUGUAUUACAAAUUGUAUUGCAGUGUUGAUAUUGCAGCUUCCCCGCCAACGCUUCUUCACACUAACUCCUAAACCGUUUCAGAUGGCAGAGACGGCAGAGGCAGUACACUGAGGUAUUGUGUUAAUGCUUCAUACAUUGCUGUAUUCUUUGAUUGCUUAAGUAAGAAAAGCACUGAUUCAGUGCCACAUUGUUUUCACCCCUGGGUAUCAAUGGUACACACCACUCGCUUCUUGGCAGUGUCUUUAUAGUUGGUACACAGCUGUAUUCUAUGAUUCUCUCAAUGUAGUUCCAUUGCAGAAACUGUUUUAAGCAAAAACCACAGUAGCAUGUAUACAGACUGUACUGUACUGUACUUCCUACCAAGAGGAGCCAAGCCCUCAGCUGUGAUGCCAGACCAACAGGGAGUCUCUGCUUAUGUUUGAUAGAUGGGGGCCAGCUCCUGCAACUGGAAUGAAUGUAGCACAUGCUUGAUUGCAUUGGUGAUUAAGUUUCCAUUUUGGAUGCAACUUUUUUUUUUUUUUGCAAUCAGACUGCUGCUGUGCGUUUUCUAACUUUCUUACUGAAGUCUAUGGCCUGGUUUUCCAGUCCCUGAUUAGCACUCAUUUGGGACUAUUCAAUGUAGCUGCUUUGCUAAUCAUAGGUUAGAGUUAAUUAGGCUUUGUGAAACCAUUUGUCACAACUGUCUACAUUUGCCAAAGCUAGUUUAGUCUGGGAGUGAGGUAGCUUGCUAAACCUCAGAGUUUCUACAGCAUUUGGUCUCUUUGUUGCUUCAAUGUAAUGUGUGUGCCAAUGGCUUAACUUUGGUUGAAACCCUUUCUGUAGCUGUGGCAUUGUGGCAGAGUGAAAGCCCUACAUGUAAAUAGUGUGUGGUAGUGUAAAUAAAAAUGUAUUUUUAAUGUGGCCAUUCCCGUAAUUGAGUACUAAUUGGGGAAUGGCCCCAUGUAUAUAAAUGGAGGACAGAUCCUUUGUUUGGUGAUGGAGUUUGAGGAGCGAUUGGGGAAUGGCCACAAGUUCUAGAAUGUCACAUUACAAGGAGGCAGUGUGGUCUAGUUGUUAAAGUCCAGGGCUUGUAACCAGAAGGUCACUGGUUCAAAUCCCAUCUCUGCCACUGACUGACUCACUGUGUGACCCUGAGCAAGUCACUUAACCUCCUUGUGCUCCAUCCUGCGGAUGAGAUGUUAAAUCAAUGUCCUAUUGUAAGUGACUCUGGAUAUAAUGCACAGUUCAUAGCCUACCUCUGUAAAGUGCUUUGUGAUCAUUAAAAAAAGAAAGGAGAAUGAUGGGCAGUCCAGUUUUAUUUCUUAUGUAUGCAUGUAUAUUGGUGUACAGGGAGCGGUAGGGAUGUUACGAUGUGCUUUUCUGUAAAGUUUAUGCUGCUGUUUUUUUGUUUUGUUUUUUCCCUGAAA